AUGUAUGGGAAAGAUGGAUGGAGCAUUGGGGAAGUCCAGAGUCUAUUAAGAAAUCAGAAUUCGCAAAAUCAUCGUGGCGGUCGUGAAACUGCUGUUGGGACUCACACUGGUGUCUCUAUUUCUAUCGGAGAACAUCGCAAGAAACUUGCUAUUAGAAAAGGUCGAGAUCCCACGCCAAGUGAGUUACAUCUGCAUGUUCAUACACAUGGACAUGAUGGAAAAACAUUUGUUGGUGAGCGUUCUCGAGAUAUCCAUUUUGCUCAGUUUCACAGAGAUGCCUCAUCUUGCACUCGGAUAUACUACUUUGUCUUUGUAGCAGCUGGAAAAUAUGAAGAAAUAUUAAAGAAAAAAACAUUGUCUGAAACUGAUAUUGAUCAAUAUGAAGCAUAUUACCAAGCUGCGGGAGGAGAAAAGAAAAGAAGAAUAUAUGGUCUUGGAUCUGAAGCAAAAAGUUACUAUGGGCAGAAACUUUGUGGGUCAUCAUUAUUACCUCAUCCAUUUUCUCAAUCAACAUCGACAACAAAUAUGGACGAGUUUGUAAAGAAAAUGAUGUCUGCACUAACUAGUCAUCUUGUUCCUAUUAUUGUUGAGCAGGUGAAAGCAUCGAUUAAUCCAUCCGGCAAUCCAUCGUCUGUGGCACCCAUGUCUGUUGCUAGUAAUAUGGAUGAGGUUGAUACCUCUAUUUCAAGUUAA